AAGAAUGGCAAGAUGAUAUGCAUCAGUGCAAAAUCUUUGAACUGCACCUUACCAAAUUAGCAUCCAUGUUGCAUUUUUGUAGAUUUGAAUUUUUGUACUACAGACAUUUGUGUUCAGUGCUAGUAUAUAAUAGUUGUCAAUGGAAGGAAAUAUAUUUGCCAAAUAAUCAUUUUAUGAAACCCUGCUUGAAUAAAUAAAAAAGUGUCGUCUGAAUAAAUGUCAUAUCAUGCUUGAAAGUUGAAAUAAACAAGGAAAUAAUAAUGUGUUCAGAAACGGAAUCCGCUCUCCAAAUUGUCUCUGCGCCCUGUAAAUAUGUAACAAAUGAUCUAGAUCUUUGUGUUUGUAAAGUAACACGCACACACUCUUACACACAGGGCAAUGUCCUGACAUACAAUCUCUUUAGGACAAACACAAGAGUCUGCCCUCCAGUUUGCAGUCAAAAUGGAGGACAGAGAAAAUUCAGGUGGUAGUUUUGGUGGCAGAUUCAACAAACUGAUAAGUGAAGAUGAAUUCAGUGCAGAUGAGACUAGUCCGGACUCAAACCAGGAGACGCAACAAGAUUACAAACUUACAGAUGGGCUCUACCUAGUAACGGACAUCAACAGUGAGUUGGCCAAACUACAUGCUUCUUACAACACCGCGAUCCAAAGACGAGAUGAAGCCAAGAAAGAGUUGGCCAAUACAAUCAAUGAGCAGCAAUUUAGAGAGUGGGAGAUGGAACACCUGGCGAGUACACGCAAGUCCUAUGAAAAGAAGGCCGACAACAUUCAGGUUGAAAUUGCAACGUUGAAAUCACACCUGCCAAUGAUAAGGGAAGGCUGCAGACACUGUUCAGCAGGAUGGACUUUCAUGAACUCAGCGUGCUACUACUUCCCUUUCUCCAGUGUUUUAGUUCGCAGAUCAUGGCAGGAUGCCAGGGAUUUCUGCAAGAAGCAAGGAGGCGACUUGGCAGUGACAGAUAGCAGAGAGAAACACCUUGCAGUAAGUGAGUUGAUAAAUAAAUAUAAUACCCUUGCGGGGCACAUGGCCCUAAGUGGUUUCUGGAUCGGACUGAGAGAUGUGGAUGAGGAAGGGACUUGGAAAUGGCUUGACGGAACAAGGCUGACUGACAGCUUCUGGAAAACUGGAGAGCCCAACAAUCAGGGUAACGAGGACUGUGCAGCUACGUAUCCCAGCAGCAACCCUUUUUUUGCCUGGAACGAUGCUCCAUGCAAUUAUCAGCUUAAAUGGAUUUGUGAAAUGGCACCAAAGUUUGCCAGUUAAAGCUUUUAUUUGAUAAAUAACCUUUUGUGUAAUUCUUUAAACCUCACUGUUUUAGUUGCAUUCUUCCAUAUUGUUCUUUUUAUUGUCACAUCCAUGUUGUCGACACUACAAAAUAACAUGAGUACAAAUAUGAAAAAUACAUUACAUUUAUGAAAUGACCUAUAAAAUGUAAGAUUCCUCAUUCACUGUAAUAAAUGCAAUUUUUAUCUUUACAAUAUA